AUGUCUCAUUCUUCUCAUGAAGCUCUGAUUCUGAUUCAAAAAAUGGUGAAAGUUCCACCAGCAAAAGCACUUUUGUUCUUCAACUCCUCAACCUAUCAAGGCCUUCACCAUACCUCCCAAUCUAUAUCCUUUAUCUUAAACCAUUUCCUUUCCUCUGGCAUGCUAUCCCAAGCUCAAUCUCUUCUCGUGCGCCUAAUCUCUGGUCGAAUCUCCUCUCCUAUGUUCUCCCCAUCCUCUCUUAUGCAUCAAUUAACACAAACCCAUUUCACCUCUAAUUCGACCUAUACUCUUCUCUACGAAGCAAUUGUUAAUGCCCAUGUUCUUUCUCAGUCACCUGAUCAAGCCCUCUAUUUCUUACACCAGAUGAUUCACAAUGGCCAUGCUCCUAGAUCAAACACGUUCAAUAAUCUUUUGAGCUUGCUUAUUAGAUCAAAUUGUUUUGGUAAAGCAUGGGUUUUUUUCAAUGAAUUGAAGAAUAAGGUUGUUCUGGAUGUUUACAGUUUUGGGAUUAUGAUCAAGGGUUGUUGUGAUGCUGGUGACUUAAUGAAAGGUUUUCAGCUUUUGGGUAUGUUGGAAGAGAUGGGUUUGUCUCCAAAUGUUGUCAUAUACACUACGUUGAUUGAUGGCUGUUGCAAGAAUGGUGAUCUUCAGCUGGCAAAGUUGUUGUUUGCAAAGAUGGAGGGAUUGGAUUUAGUUCCCAAUCAGCAUACUUACAGUGUAUUAAUGAAUGGGUUUUUCAAGCAAGGACUUCAAAAGGAAGGAUUUCAAAUGUAUGAAUAUAUGAAGCGAAGUGGAAUUGUGCCUAAUAUUUAUGCUUACAACUGUGUGAUUACAGAAUAUUGUAAUGGUGGGAACGUUGAUAAAGCUUUUGAGGUGUUUGAUGAAAUGCGCGAGAAAGGGGUAGCAUAUGGUGUUGUAACAUACAACAUUUUGAUUGGUGGGCUGUGUCGAGAGAAGAAGCUUGGGAAAGCAGUGAAGUUGUUUGAUCGAGUCAACAGGAUUGGCCUGAGUCCUAAUAUAAUUACAUAUAACACACUGAUCAAUGGGUUUUGUGAUGUUGGAAAGAUUGACACUGCUGUUAGAUUAUUCAAUCAACUAAAGUCAAAUGGAUUAUCGCCAACAUUAGUGACCUAUAAUACUUUGAUUGCAGGAUAUUCUAAGACUGGAAAUUUAGCAGGAGCUCUUAACUUGGUCAAGGAAAUGGAGGAGAGACGGGUUGCUCCUUCCAAAGUGACAUACACAAUUCUGCUUGAUGCUUUUGUACGAUUAAAUUAUAUGGAGAAAGCCUUUGAGAUACAUUCUUUAAUGGAGAAGUCUGGUUUGGUUUCAGACAUUUGCACAUACAGUGUCCUUAUACAUGGGUUAUGUAUGAAUGGUAACAUGAAAGAAGCUUUAAAACUCUUCAAAUCAUUGGGUGAGCUGCACUUGGAGCCAAAUAGUGUCAUAUAUAAUACAAUGAUUCAUGGUUACUGCAAAGAAGGAAGCUCUUAUAGGGCUCUUAGGCUACUCGAAGAAAUGGUUGAGAAUGGAAUGCUUCCAAAUGUGGCCAGUUUUUGUUCAACCACAGGGCUUCUCUGCAAGGAUGGAAAGUGGAAGGAAGCUGAGCUUCUCUUGGGUCGGAUGAUAAAUUCAGGACUGGAGCCAUCGGUUUCUUUGUACAAUAUGAUUUACAAAGUCAAAAGCGAAAUUUCGAAUGUUGAACUUGAAACUAGUAUAAUAUCUGAUUCAUAA